CGCAGUUACUUCGACGGCGUUUGUCAAACGGGUAACACGCGUACUGGAAGGAACCAUUAACGGCUUAACGUCCUUUUCAAGUAUUUGGUCAUUUAUACUCUGCGACUGCUCAUUGACGAAUUAAUGGACAUUUUGAGGCGGAUAAUCUCAUCAUUCUCAUCUAAAGUGUCAAUCAGCCUUCCCUCUGCCGCCCUCGCCCUGCGGCCCUCCCUGGCCUUCGUCCGAAAUGGACUUUCCUCAAAUGCGCCUUUUAAUUGUUUUUGCUAGUUAGCGGCGGCGCCCCUUAGUAGGUAACUCGGGAUGGAGGAAAACGAAUCAAUGAGUGAUUUUGACGGCACCAGUUUGCUGUGCAAGGAAGAGGAGGAGCUGGAGGAAGUGGAAGAUGUGGAACACUGUUGUCAUGGAAACCCAGAGGAGGAGAGUGGGGAGAACUUGGUGGUAGUCGUGGUGGAGGAGGAGGAACAUGAAGAGGAGGAGAGAGAAGCAGAGGAUGGCAGGGCUGAGCACAGAGACGAGGAGGCGACAGGAGCGGGAGAGGAGCCGUCACCUGUGCCCCCCGCCACUCACGAGGACCUGGGGGCGCUGAUGAGGGGGGAGCCAGAGGCUCCCGUCGGCAUGACAACGGUAUGCGAACAGGCAGAUGCAGAGUUACUGCUGAGCUGCUCGUCACCCCCAGAGCACACGGGGGGCUUGCUGUGUGCCGGGGGCCUGCCCAUCUCCCCCAGGGGGCCUCAGGGGUCCCACCCGUUAAAGCGGUCCUAUGAGGAUGGGAGCCCCACCCUGCAGGUCCAGGCACCCCUACUUUCAGAGCUGGACCCCGACACUCUCAAAGUACCCAAGGUGGCGAGUCUGGACGAACUGCAGCCCCUGCAGGUGAACUUCACGCAGGUCUACCCCACGCGCCACUACACACGGUACGCUGCCCGCGGCCGCGGUGCCUUCCUGCAGUACCCGGCAGUACCUGUGGUGGGCACUGUGGGGGAGGCUGCUGAGCCAGUCAUGCCCCCUGGACCAAAGAAGAAAACGCGCACCCUCUACACCACUGACCAGCUGGAGGAACUGGAGCGCCUCUUCCAGGAUGACCACUACCCCGACAGCGACAAACGCAAAGAAAUCGCAGCGGUCGUUGGCGUGACGCCCCAGAGGAUCAUGGUGUGGUUUCAAAACCGGCGAGCCAAGUGGCGCAAAGCUGAGAAAACCAGCACCAAACUGGAGCGCCGGCAGCCCGUGGGGGGGCGCGCCAAAUCAGCUGCCGCCCCGCUGCAUGUCCCUGUCCCCCCCGCCAGGCCCAGCAUGCACGUGACCCAGGCGAUGACACGCUUGGUGCCACAGCCAGUGCAGACGCUGCCCCACUACAGCAGCAUCCUGUCGAGCUGCCUGAGUCCGUCAGGUGAGCCACCAGGUGGCGACGCAGGGCCUCAGUCUGUGGUGUCCACUGGUUUGGUGGGGGGCACAGUCGAGUACAUGCCCCCACUGAUGGUCAGCCCCCCGCCUCUGCGCCGUGCCAGCCUGCCCCUGCUGCCCUCCUACCCCCCGCCCAGCCACCUGGCCCCCCUCCUGCUGGACACUCCAGACAGUGGCUCUGCCCCCCCCCACCCCGAUGGAAGCAGCAAGGAAGUACUGGGGUUCAUCCAGCAGAAUGAUGGAGCCGGGACGUCCAGUUCGCUGUUCAGCUAUGGGGAUGGAAUCGGCAGCUCCAUGAAGGUGGACGCACAGCAUUACCUCCACACCGGCCACCAGGGCGGCGCUCUCUCCUACCAGCUCACCUCCUAUCCCCAGCAGCACAGUGGCCUGCUACCCACCUCGAACCUUGCCCAGUACCCCCGCAUGUCCUACCUUGUCCCUCCCUCCUCCAGCCUGACACCCACCCCGCCUGAAAGCAACCCGUCCUACCUCGCCUUUGCUGGGGGGGGCAGUGGGGCUGUGGUGAGCUACACCUCUGCUGGACACGCUUUCUUCCAGGCCCAGAGCAGCAGUCAGAUACUGCUGCCGUCUGGGGUGCACGCGUACCAGGCGUGCCCCUGGGGUGAGGUUUACAACCAGCCCAACCAGUACCCAGCCACUGUUUUCCACCGGUCCCAGUACACAGGACUGGGUCACGAGUCGAGCCUGUACCAGCCCAACACAGGCCCUGGUCUGCUCCCUGCCCAGCACUACGUCCCACUGCAAAGGUCAGCGGCUGUGCUUGGCCCCGGCCUGCUCCUGCACCCACAGAAAGCCCCCGCCGCCCCCUCGGGGGGGUUCCAGACACCCACAUCCUCAGUCCUGCGGCCGCAGUACCAGAACCCGGACAAGAUGGAGGAGGCCGACAGCACGGCAGCCAGAGUGGGCCAGGACGCAGAUCCUGGUACCGGGAAGGUGGAAUAUGAACCGACACCAGAGUCCGGUACGACCCAGCUGUCAGACUCUCGGCCCGUGGGGUCUGACACUGGCUUCGACUGCGACUUCUCACCCAUCCAUUUCUGAGGCGGCGCCACGCAAGUGUUUCCCCGUCGCUCAGGGGCUUUGGGAUCUGGAGCCCCGAGAUAUGCAGUGGCAGCCUGACUGAGCUCCCCUGCUGCCGCCUGCCCACCAUUCAGUGCCCGGCAUCCAGUGUCCGGCACUGCACUAGUAUUGCUGUUUACUUUUGGUUCUCUUCCAUUUUAUUUAUUUUUAUAAGUUUGCUGGUUUGUCUGUUCCCUUGGAUGUUGGAGUGGCUUGUUAUGGCAGCGGAUCCUGACCCAUUAAAGCGCUCUUCAUGUGAGAGAAGUUGAGGACUCGUCCUCGUCUGUCGCGCUCGGUGGUGUCCCUGUCCGUCUGCCUUGGGCCGGCCUCAGGCACAGUGUCUGCUGGGCCACUAACAGCCAGUGCGACCUGUGUCUCUGCUUAAGACUGAAGUGGGAACACUGUUAAUGUGAGGUACAGAUUGUAAUAUGUUAAUGAGCAGGCCUGAUUAUUUGGGGGAGCACCCAGAUAGUUUUGCUAAGAGAACAGUAGAGGUCAGAGUUCCGCCCCGGAAGGUUCUGCAAACGUGGACCAGAGCAGCUUCAUGUCAGCCACAGCCCAACGUGCCACGAUUACA